AUGGCCAACCUGGAUCACCUUCAAGAGCACUCUCACUGGUUCAUCGAUGGAACUUUCAAAGUGGCACCAGCUCUCUUCUUCCAAAUCUUUUUCAUUCACGCGUUGGUCGAUGCUUCUGCCUACCCUCUGAUCUACGUCGUGAUGCCAGACAAAACAGAAGAGAGCUCCAAGCGUAUUUUUCGUAAGCUGAAGGAAAUAAAGCCGUCAAGUAUAAUGUCGGACUACGAGAAAGCAAGUCAGAAUGCCUACUCAAUUGUCUUCCCGGAUACCCGACUUGUUGGAUGCUUUUUCCAUCUCGCCCAGAGUAUGUAGCG